AUGUCGACGCUCGGCGGGUUCUGGUCGCAGCGGACGGCGGCGUUGCUCGCGUCUGGAAUGCCGCCGCCGAAUGCAAACAGCGACGAGACGGGCGAGGACACCUCAGCCGGCAAUCCCACCGCCAGCACUGCUACUAACGCUACGACUGCUGCUCCCAAUGCAAAGGGCAGCAGCAGCGUGUAUGGCAGCAAGGGGACGAGCAGCAGGAGUCGCUUGUAUGCGCCUCAGCGCGCGUCGGUCGUGAGCAAGUCCAAUCCAGACAUUGCCGCAUCGUCGUCGUCGUCAACAUCGGGAUCCGUCGCUGCCAAGCCAAGCACGACGCUGGCCAAAGCAGAGGCUGCAGAGGCGAACGGCAGCAACGGGAGCUCCAACAAGCUGACCAAGUCGGCGUCAAAGCUCAAGCUCGGCGGGUCGGACUCCAAGUCAUCACAAUCCGCCAAGGACACCAAGGACAAGUCGCAGAGCAAACCAGCAAGCGAGGACGAGCGAGACACGGAUGUCGAAGAGCUCGACUCGGACAACGACCAGGACGACAGUGAUGACGAUCAGGAUCAUCGCAGCAGCCAGAUGAACGCCACAGCCAACACCAACACCACAGACUCGAGCAAUCAAGGCGGCCACUUGGCACCGAAUAGCAACGCCGCCGCAAAGGCGGGUGAAUCCAAGCAUGCAUCGUCAUUAUCGGUGCAAGCGAGUACCGCGAGUGACCGGCAUAGCAGGGCGCACGAGGCGUCGAAUUUGCGGGGACUACGAACUGCCACCACCUCCCCGCUCGCCGGUCGUGGAGCUGGAUCUGCGUCUUUGCCGUCCUUGACACUGGCACAGCUUAAAGAGGAUCAAGAGCGCGCAGUGUCGCCAUUGGCAGGCGGGACGGCGACUCGCUCGUCCAAACUAACAUCAGCAAGCUCACCCGGAAUGUCGCCGCCGGCCAAGUUGCAGUCGGGCGCCUCCUCUCCAAUGGGGUCCAUGGGGUCGAUGGGGUCCAUGUCGUCCUUGUCAGCAUCGCAGAGCAAUCUCUCGGCACUGGGUGGCCGAACCGCUUCAGCGCAAGCGUCGGCCGAGGCGGCAGCCGCAGCCACCGCGAACGGCUUGCGUUUCGAUCGGAAUGUGUUGCAUCGCGCUCUGGCCGUGGACUCUGAAGCCCGCGAGAUGCUCGAUGCUGAGAUGACGCAAAGAGAGGAGCGGGCGCGCCAGAGUGCCAAGUCGGGCGAGAAGCUGCAAACGCUCAUCCUGGCCGAGGAGGCUGUAAAGACCUUUUCAAUGCAAUUCCUGCACCGAAUCCGCAUGUCGAAUCCGCGAGAUCGGGAUGUCAUGCAGGCCACGAUGAAAAAGUAUCUCUUCACCCAUACCAUCACACCCGGCACACCCUGCACGCUUCGCGUGUCCAGCAAGUCUGUCGUGGCGGAGGCUCGCGAACCGGCGCGCAAAUCGCACAAGGAAACGAAUUACGGUGGCUACUCGACCAAGGAAGCAUCCACUGCCAAUGAUCCCGACGCCGAAUUACCCCUGUCCAUUUCGCUCUUUUCCGUCUCAACCACCUGCAUUAGUGACGACGACAGCAGCCUCUUUUCGCUGUCUCUGACGGAUUCGAAGGACAGCUCGCGUCAUUCCUGCUACGUGUUUCGAGCAGACUCGCAGCUCCCUUCCGACCCUGUUGGCGAUCCCGCCUCGAGCGCAGCGACAGGCAAUAGUGCAUCAGCAAUCCCGGUGGCGUUGGCGUUCGCAUCGGCAUUCCGAAUGGCAUAUGCACGUUUCAAACUCAUGGCAACAAAGCGCGACAGCGGCACGGGAUACACGGCGUUGCACUGGGCCGCAAAGAAAGGCCAACUCGCAUUGUGUGCAAUGUGGCUGAAGGCGGGCGCCGAUCCGAACGCGCUCUCGCGAGGCGGCUACAAUCCGCUUCAUCUCGCGACCAUGCACGGGCACAAUGAGGUCAUGCGUUUGCUCGUGCGCUCGGGAGCCAAUCCGCACGCGGAUUCCUACGGUGGCUUCAACUCGCACGAUCUGAUGACUGUUCGCGUGGUGGAAGAGAAAGUGGCCAUUGUAAGAAGCAGCGCCAGCAACACGGAUCCCGAAACCACGAGUCUUCCGGGCGACGACACGCGGCGCUCAAUCUCCUCCAUUUCGUCAGCGUCAGAGAUGCGCGGGUCCAUCAGCUCCCUGAAAGAAACGCGUGGAUCCAUCAGCUCCAUGAAAGAGGCGCGCCCUUCUAUCGGCUCCCGACCUUCCAUUACAAUCACCGACGAGAGCAACGCUGAUGAACCGCAGCAGCAGCAGCAGCAGCAGCAGCAGCAGAGUCCUGGGCGACGAAGCUGGUUUGGCACCCUCCGCAGAUCUCCGUCUGUUUCGAACGACGGUCGCUCGUCGCCUUCGCCUUCCGUGGCGAGCGAGGGUGACGGCAGCGUUUCGAAUCUCGAUGCCACGUCUCGUCGACUAUCGAGCAGCUCGACUGACUUGUCCUCUGGAGGCGAGCGCCGUUCGUCGAAGAGCAAGUUCAACACCCUUCGACGAGCAUUGGGCGGCAGCUCCAGCUUUGACGAACCAGAGCAAGAAAAGGUCGUUCGAACGCUCGAAAUUGUCUCCUCCAUGCAGAGUACCGCGAAAGGCACCAUCUCCAUUCGGGCAGUGCGUCGUUCGGCGACGGUUGCGAGUGACGACCGCGAGGAUGGGCCCGGUGAGCGCAAUUCUCUCCGAGUCUCAGCGCUCAGUGGAAUCGCUCGUUCUAUCGAGUUUGUUGGCGAGGACGGUGUUGCAUAUGCCAGGAGAUCUCUCGCCAGUAGCUACAACAAUCUUGUUGCAGCUUCUGGAAGCUCGAACGAUCUCCCUUCUCUCUCGGCUAACACAGACAGUUUUCACGAUUCCGAGACCACAGCCUAAAAGGCCAUUUUUGGCUCUGGAUGGUCGUUUUGAGAUUUGCGUUUUUUCGGAACCAAGCUGCUUAGGUUGAUUCGCUAUUUUUUCUUCUUUCAAAUGUUGUAUUUCCUGUUUAUUAUUUCUGCCACCCACCCUCCUGCUGAGUUUGAAUCUGGCUUUAGUUAGUGUGUUGAUAGAUCAG